UUGUGAUUAACUGUCACAUUAUAAUUAUAUGUGGUUAUAUGUAAUAUAAAUAUAAUAAUCAAUAAAAAUGAGUGAUAGCUCUGAUGAUGAUCUACAAUUGUGUCCUACAACACUUGCUGCUUUAAAUGAAUUUCUUCAAGAAAAAGAAGAAAGAGAAAAUCAAUUAAAGCAAAAUUUAGAAAGUCAAACUUUAAAUAUUACUUUCGAUGAAAAUUGGCAAUUAAGUCAGUUUUGGUAUGAUGAUGAAACAAUAAAUACUCUUGUAAAAGGUGCUAUAAAUUCUACAAUGAAUAACGGAAAGAUUGCUUUAAUAUCUUGUCCUACACUUUACAGUGCAUUAAAAAAAAGUAGUAACAAACGACAAGUCAUUCUUUUUGAAUAUGAUGAACGUUUCAAGGUAUUUGGAUCUGACUUUGUUCCAUACAACUAUAAAUAUCCCUUAAAUAUACCUAGAGACAUGUCAACUUUGUUUGAUUUAGUCAUAGCUGAUCCACCAUUUCUCUCUGAUGAGUGCUUAACAAAAACUGCUGUUACAAUAAAAUUCUUAGCUAAAAAGAAUAUUAUACUUUGUACAGGUGCUGUAAUGAGUGAAUUAGCAGAAAGAUUAUUAAAUGUUAAAGUAUGUAAUUUUAUACCACAUCAUCGAAAUAAUUUGGCUAAUGAAUUUUAUUGUUAUUCAAAUUUUAAUUUUGAUAAAAUGUUAAAAUAAAGAUACAAAAACGUA